GGUUCGACACUGCAAAAGUUUUGACGACCUGCAUACUUGCGUCAGACGGGGAAGGUGUUCUGCUGGGCUACCGGUACGUAGUGCAAUCUGUCUGUGGGUUGUGGGUGGUUAAAACGUUUGGAACCGCCAUGGAAUAUUAUGGUCGAAGACUUGAGGCUUCGACGAGCGCUCCUUGAAAAGAUCGCAAAACAACCAAGCCAAGCAGGCUCACCCAUAUUCAUUUGGAGCGAUCAACUCCUGUGAAGUCCUUUUGCAUUCUGGUUGUCUCUCGAUCAAGCUGAAGUCCAUUGUUGCUGUGGUUACUACUGUAACUGAACUGAACAACAGAGAAGAGAGCCCUGGUCGUUGCCUUGUGCCGUCCCUUCGUUGAGAUAUUCUUGUAUUGGUCUGCUAAUGGACCCUAGAUAGCUACCGGUAGCAAGCCAGAGAUCCUUCACCUUGCAUGUACAGUACCAUAGAUCGAUCGCACCAUGGCCAAGAAGGAACAGAGCACCAAGUUCAAAAAGGCACCUCAGGCGCCCCGGCGGUUCAAGUCUGCGUACAUGUUCUUUUCCACCGAGAAGCACAAGACCAUCCGGCAGGAGCAUUGCGAGAAGCUUCAGACGACGGAUGUCGCCAAGAUGGUCUCGCAAGCUUGGAAGGAUCUCCCUCCGGACGAGAGGGAGGAAUGGGAGGAAAUGGCUCGCCGUGACAAGGCUCGAUACGAAGUAGAAAAGACCAUGUACACCGGACCCUGGAAGGUGCCCGCAACCAAGGCGAGGUCUCAGAAGGAUCCCAAUGCUCCCAAACGCCCCAUGUCUGCUUUCCUAUCGUACUCCAACUCCAAACGGGCUGCGGUGAAAGCACAGAAUCCUGAGAUUGGGAAUGCAGAAGUCUCCCGAAUCUUGGCCAAGAUGUGGAAGGAAGCCCCCGAGGAGGAGCGAAAGAUACACAUUGACAAGGAAUUUGAACUCAGACAACAAUACAAGAGUGCAAUCGCUAUUUGGAGGCAAAACGCUGAUGACGAACUCAAAGCUGUGCGCAAGAAACGGGAAGACAUUGCGUUGCAGCGGUUAGAUUCUCCGGAGCAUCAGGAGCCGCAACUCCAUGAUUCUGCUGCUGCCUCACCAGUAGCCGCUGCCGUCGACUCGUCGGAGAAUGCCAACCCACAGCCGCAGUACAUGGCCUCCAACAAUCAUCAUCAUCAUCACCACGCAGAACAGGAAGAUGGCGACACGGGUGGACCCAAAAGUCCUGGAGCCGCACCUGGCUAUCAUCCGCCAUAUGCCAUGGGCUACGGUCAGGAAGACAGCAAUGGCAUGGUGCCAGUACCAAUGGCUCCGCCGUACGGUGGAUACCGUGGAACGGGGGUUGAGCCUGGGAGAGUUCCUUAUGGUAUGAUGAUGCCAGCCAAUGCUUAUUCCGGAGAGGCAUACGCGGCUUCAGCCGAGUACGGGGCACAUCCAAAUGGAUUUGAACAACAUGGCUACGAUCCACACAUGGUUGGGUUUUACGGCGGUUACUACCCUCCUCCACAAAUGGCUGUAGGACCCGACCCGGGUGGUAUGGGAUGGGGUGGUCCGCACGCAUACUACAGCCCCGGACGAGGCGCUGUUUACAACCCCGCAGCUGGGGCUUCCCCUCCACCACCACAGGGGUUUAUGUACGGUGGUGGACAUGGAUGAGGAAGGAGAAGCUAGCUAUUUGCCGUCAAGAAGCUUAAAGGAAGCAAAGCAGAGCGUCACAUACAGCACACACUACAAGCAAGCUACUAGCUAGCUUGCUCGGAACCACUGGACACUGCCAGUGGCAGCAAAGCAGCGUCAUUGCACGAAUCGAAUCAUACAAUCAAACGAACGAACAAGUAGGGCGAAAGGAAACAACGUUGUCACGCAAUGCAGAUCGGGGCUGACAAGAUCUUUAAUAGCUUCCGCACAAUACACCUAAAGCUACACAAAGAGAGUUGUUGUGAUACUAGAGUGCUACAAUACUAACGAAACCGAAUAGAUGAGUUACUACGAGAGUACUAGUACCAUACCAUAACCUACUUCCCAGGACCUGGAGGGGCUCCGCUGACGUCACUAUUGGCGAGGCUUCAUUUGUUCCUAUGGAAAUUACAGCCCAAGA